AUGCUUCUGGCAUUCUUAAUCGUUGUUUCGGAUACUUCGGCAUCAGAUGAACAAUUGAAUGUCGAAGAACCCCAGAGAACUAUUCACUUUUACUGUGCAAAGAAGUGUGAAGCCGAAUUAGGGGAAAAUAUUCCUGACGUAAGACUGGAACAAUAUUGUAGGCUUCAGUGUAAAUAUUAUUGUCAACAGCUUAAAGAAAAAUGCAAAUAG